UCACAAAAUGGCUGCGCCUAUAGUCGCGAAAGUUCAGUCACUGAUCUGCUGUGUUUUCAGACAACACUCAAGCGCACUGUUGGCACAUCGUAGCAUAUCCUCCAGGUAUACAUUACAGAAGAAUGAAAACUUCAGCCAGAAGACACAUUUUUACCUCAGCAAGUCAAAUGCAUCCCACAUGACAAAAUUUAUACCACUGAAAAUAAAACGACCCGGAAACAGUUUUAGUCUUUAUAUGGCAGAUGUCAGAUCACAGUUAACUGCAGACAAUCCUGGUAAAUCAUUUAAAGAAAUUUCCAGAAUGCUGAGUGUUUUGUGGAAAGAGUUGCCAGAAUCAGAAAAAAAGAGAUACCAAGAACGGUCAGCCAAAAUCCGUGCAGAAUUUAAGCAACAAAUGGAAUAUUAUAAAGCAAAUUUAACUGAAAAUCAUAUCAAAAUAUUGUUAGAAAUGGAAAGAAAUAAAAUCAAAAGGCAGAAAUUGGAGAAGGGGAGACAGGAACUAAAAGAACUAAAGAAGCCAAAGCGUUUCUCGGGACCGUUUGCCUUCUAUGCUCGAGCCAGGCUAGCACAGAUGAGAGCAGACGGUGUAGCCAUGAAAAAGGCACCUUUAUCAGAACUCAGCCUUGACUGGAAUAUGAUGGAUGAUGAUGAAAAAAUAGUGUACAAAGAAGAAGCAAAGCUUGAUUUACAAAGGUAUCUCAAAGAGAUGGAAGAAUGGGAGUUAAAAAUGAAAGAAAAAGGUCGACACGAUUUAGUCCGCAAGCAAAGAUUUGUUCCAAAAGAUGGAGAAGCAGAUAAGAUGCCCAAGCGUCAACCAAGAGCAUGGUCUCACAAUACGUGGCAACCCGAAAUGGACCAUGAUGACAAGGAUAUAUUUUGAGGAAAUAAAAAUUAUAUUAUAAUAUGUCCGGAUGUGGAAAUGUUUCUUAGAGGAACUGCUCAAGGUCGUGGGAUGUUGAUGGUGCUAAAUGUAGGUCUCACAAACCUAAUCAUGAACAUUACAUGGAGUAUCAGGAAGGCUAUGAGGAAGUCUUUGGAACUGGGUCAGUAAUGAUAAUACAGGAAUAUGUGCCAUGCCUUUUUCCAAGAGACAUAGAUGUAUGGAAAAUGAUGUAUCAUCAUUAUUGUACAGAAACAUUUAAAAACAAUUGUUUAUUUUAAUGUGGGUAAGUUCAGAGCUAGGAGAUAUGCCAGGCGUAUCUAACGCCGGGAGUACGUUAAUCCAUGGGGUAACUAGCAAGAUGUCCAGACUGGGUGAUUAACGAAUGCUAGCGUAAGUAUUCGCGCGAAAUAUUCGUAAUAUAAUUUGCCCAUUUUAUUUCCUGUUUUUCCUGUCUAGGCUUUUUUUGAUUGGUCAAAUCCUGGGCGAGUUCAAAAUCACUGAUGCGGCGUACGCUAAUCUGGGUCUGUUGCUGGAUUACCGUACGCCAGGGAUUACGCGAUAAUACUGGUGUUUGCUGCAUCGCGCACAAGUUCACAUCACUUGAUUAACAUUACGCUAAGUCAUUGUGUCUGAACAUAGCCUAUGAUAACCAGUGGCGGAUUAAAGGAGGACUCUUGCAGCCAGCCCCGGUUUCUCCCAGUUGACCCAGGCUCUCCCCCCCCCCCCAAAUAAAUUGAAGUGAUGGGGGAGGGGGGAGGAAAUGAAUUUACAUUCAAAACUAAGUCUGAGAGUGCCCUUUCUGACCACCAUAGCCAUAAAUGUUAACAGCCCCAACCUUGGUGGGGCUAUCAUGGUGGUCUGGACACUCCACCACUAAAUGUACCUCCCUGAGCCCCUAUAUUCUAUAUUUAUAAAUCCUGGAUCUGCCACUUCUUACAGAAUAAAAAUAAACUCCAGAGGAUCCACUAAUUAAUCUUAAAUAAAACAAAAAGACAGUAACUCCGAAAAGAGACAGAGACAUUUUGAGAUUCAACGUUUCAAUCUAUUUGAUCAUUUUCAAGAAUAAACUCAGUAACUGUAUAUAUCAGGUUUAGGGAGUUGUCUCUAGUUGAAAAAGAAUAACAGUUGGAAAUAUGUCUUCAUAGCUGGCUUAAGCAUUGUGUACAACCCAUUGUAAGAACUUAUGGUUAUUUUUUCAAUUAGUAAACCCCUUAAAAUAUAUUCACAACUUCGACAAAAAUGUUUUAACAUUUUAACAUUUAAAAUUUCAUCAAAAGGAUCCUGAUUAAAUUUAAUAAAUUAUUGUACAAUGACAAAUUUUAAAAAUCAGUAGUGUAGCAUUCAAAAUAUAUAUCAGUAAAUAUCACUCUUUAACUUUUAUUUAAUUGGUGUUGAGCCUGUUGCAAUUGUUGAAAAAUACAUAAAUUACCGUAAAACCUCGAAUAGAAGACAAAUGAGCUUAAUCUUAGAUUGCAAAAGUAGCUUCGAAAAGAAGCCCAUCGAAAAUCUUUUUCGAGAUAGUAAGUACAUACACUGUACAUGAAUUUCAAAGCUGCAAAAUAAAUUACAGUAAUAACACGCUUCGUUUAUACAUUAAUUUAGUUUACAUUUUUUUAUACACUCCAUGAUACAGACUGAUAUUACAGUUGCCCUAUUUAUUGUUUUAUGGUAGUAAUUCCCAGAAUUUACACCAUUCAUUUUGAAAAGAAGCCACCCUCUUUACUUUGCAAAAGUAGCCCCGAAAUGAAGCGAAUCCAAAGUUCGCAAAAACAAAAACAAAAAAAAGCGCAGGGCUUCAGUUGGAGGUUUUACGGUAUACUCUAAUUAUAUAGAUGAUAAAUACCUCUAAAAUUGUAGUAUUCGUUCAUGAAUACACGCAAUACAAAUAAAUAGUUUUAUAACAAA